ACCAGAGAGCCGGCAGAGCAGAGCAGAGCUCACACACCCUUACACACAGUCAUUCAGCUGUUGAGCGCUGAGGAAACUCUCAGCCGCAGCGGAGAGUGAAACCGAGACAAAGUGCUAGAGUGACACUGGGACCUGGAAAGCAGGGCUUACUAAUCAUCCUAUCUCAGGACGUAGCUGAAGGAGUGGUAAUAACACAGACCAGACCUUUGCCACCCCUUUCAAACUUUCACCUCUCAGCAGUCCCCAACUCCUCCAGCAAAAGCCUUAGAACACUGACGAAGGCUUACAGUCAUCAGGGGAGAGUCAUUAACUCACUUAGAAGCUAUCUGGCCCAUUCCCUGAGGAUCAGCAGUGGCAGCAGCUUUUCCAAUGGAAGCCCCAGUCAUGGGUGAGAUGGGAGACCUGUGCUGCCCACGAUCAUGCUCUCCAGAGGGGGAGACUGUGUGUGCAGCACUAGCCCGUUAUGAGAACACUCUCCGGGAUGCCAUCAGGGAGAUCCAUGUGGAUGUGAGGACUUUUAAACUGGGUAUGGAGCGUCGCCUGGAGGAGACAGCCAACUUGAAUGGGCCCCUUGAGCGAGCUGUGUCUCAGCUUCAGCAGGAGAACCAGCAGCUCAGGAGUCAGCUGGAGGUUCUGACUCGACAGGUGGAGCUCCUGAGUGGCAUCACAUGCGACAGGAGCACCUUGCUGAACAACAACCACCACAGUCACACCCAGAACCACAAGAACCACCUGAAUGACAUUGAGGAGAACCAUGAGGAGAUAAAGGAGGUGAUCUAUGGAAAAGGUGAGGCUCACACUCAGAGUCAGGGACAUCUACACAUCCAGACCUCCACGCUGGGAGGCCAAGCCCAGACCUACAGCAGCAUCAGCAAUCAGACUAUCCCUGCAUCCCCCCCUGCCACCUUCUCAUCCUCCCCCACCUCCAGCAGUCCUCCAGUUGGCGCCAGAGUUUCCUCCAUGGUGACAAGUCCAGUGUCUGGCAGCAGUCCAUCCAUCACCCGCUUCUCCAGCCGAGCCACUUUUGCUGUCUCCAGCAAGACCAAUAGCAUUGAGCGAGAGGAGCCAAUCGAAGUCGACCCAGCCCCAACACAUUCUGCACAGGAGAAUGGACAUGCUGUUCCUACAGAACAGUCAGUGUUGGUACAUGGAAAGAUCUCUCCACCCACUGACGCUCCACAUGAGCAUAGUGCUCCCAUUGUCACCAUGCGGAUGCCCCACCUCCCCAUUACUGCCACAACCAAGACAGCAGAAAUCAAAAGUUCCCCCAUUUCUUCAGGCAGCCCAAUCAGCCCCCUGACCUCUCCAGUCUCCUCUGAGGCUUCACCUGCUGGCCAGUCAGCUUCUAACACCACUCAGCCUGAACCAAUAGAGGAGCCUCUGAUGCAACCAGUACCUUCUGUGAAGUCAUGGACCCCUACACAUAUCAGAGCUCUGGGAUCUCCUCAUCUUCAGGAGAAGGCAAAUUCAGUUCCUGCUAAGUCUGUGACCUACUCAGGGCUACCACAGCCUGACAGUGAUGGGUCCUUUGGGCAGAUGGGAGAAAGGAGGCGGGAGCUGGUGAGAUCACAGACUCUGCCCCGUAACAUCGGCGCUCAAGCUCGUCGAUCUAUCUUUGAAAGACUGGACCCUGAGGCCAGUCGCCCUAAAACAGUGGACUCAAAGCCCAAGCUGAAGCGGUCUCAGAGUUUUGGGGUAUCCUCUGCCAGCAGCAUCAAACAGAUUCUUCUCGAGUGGUGUCGCUCCAAGACCAUAGGCUACCAGAACAUUGACAUCCAGAACUUCUCGUCCAGUUGGAGCGAUGGGAUGGCUUUCUGCGCCCUGGUUCACUCCUUCUUUCCCACUGAGUUCGACUACACCUCUUUGUCGCCUGCCAACCACAGGCACAAUUUUGAGCUGGCCUUUGGAACUGCAGAGGUGAAGGCAGGCUGCGACCGCCUGAUCGAGGUGGAUGACAUGAUGAUCAUGGGCCGUAAGCCAGACCCCAUGUGCGUCUUCACCUACGUCCAGUCCCUCUACAACCACCUGCGCAAGUUUGAGUGAAGCUCAAAGGCCUCUUUCAGAACAUCAACACACACUCGGCUUAUUUCUCGUUGGCUGUCAGGCAGAUGCCUCUGCAUGUAGAGCUGGUGGACACAGCUGGCACUUUGAAAAGACUAGACUGCCCCCUAGUGGCGGAAGAAUAAACAUUCCUCUUCCUGCUGCAGAAGAAGCAGCUCAGAGAAGUGCUCACAGCUUGGCCCACUGGCACAGUGGACAGUGAUUUAUUGCUGCUGUGUAAGAACAGUCAUGAAGAUGGAUUAUCACAUAGCUGUCAGCAGUGUGUGUGUGUUUGUGUGUGUGUGUAUGUAUGUUUUUUUUGUUUGUUUUUUUAGGUGUUUAGUUUGCACAUGAGUAUUCGUGUAUGUGGCUGUUUAUCAUCAUCACACACGCUUGUAGGUGAGCCUCCAUAUCAACUUCUGCACCACUGGAGAGCAUUGGUGUCACUGUCUGUGAUGCAGUGUGCCAGACUGUUUGGGGGAUAUAUGAUACAAUGCUAUAAAAAUGACAUGAAAAUGUGAUACAAUGCUGGGUAAUAUUUCAAUCCACAUAUGCUGGAUGACUUUGUCACUGAGAUGAUGCUGAACUAUGGAAGACAAAACCAAUAAAUUGUACUUCUUUGUGGAAACUGUUUUUCUCAAUCUCUCCUUCUAUUUUAUG